GAGCGCCGAGCGCGUCGCUCGCGUCCCCGCGUCCCGCCGGCGCGUCCGCACAGCCCGGCCGAUGGCGCCUCAGCGGAGGGGCGCGCCCAGGGCGCACGAGGCCGGCGCGGGAGCACCCGAGCGCAGGCGGCACGGCAGGAAGCCGGCGGCGGGCAACAAGGGAGGCUGGACUCCAAAGCAGUUGCGCAGAAAGUGGCUAAGCGCCGCCGCGGUGCUGGGAGCCUGUGCUGGGCUCGCAGGGCUCCUGCUUUGGGACCACCAGCAAGGUGAGGAGGGCGUCACUGAGGUCCUGGCUGGCCGCGACGAGGUGCUGCCCGGCAGAUUCUUCACGGUGCCCUGUUCCGAAGAUUACGACAGUCACCGCAGGUUCGAAGGCUGCUCCCCAAGGAAGUGUGGCCGGGGCGUGUCUGAUGUCGUCAUCUCCAGGGAGGAAGCCCAGCGCAUUCGCAGCAUUGCUGAGAAGGGACUGGCCCUGGGAGGAUCUGACGGUGGGGCGUCCAUCCUGGACCUGCACUCGGGUGCCCUGUCGGUCGGGAAGCACUUUGUGAACCUGUACAGAUACUUCGGAGACCAGAUCCAGAACAUCUUCUCUGAAGAAGACUUUCAGCUCUACCGGGAUGUGCGGCGCAGGGUGCAGCUCGCCAUCGCCGAGGCUUUCGGCAUCAGCGCCUCUGCGUUGCACCUGACAAAGCCCACGUUCUUCUCCCGCAUUAACAGCACAGGGGCCCAGACAGCGCAUGACGAGUACUGGCACGCGCACGUGGACAAGGUGACCUACGGCUCCUUUGACUACACGUCGCUACUGUACCUCUCUGACUACCUGGCUGACUUCGGCGGAGGCCGCUUCGUGUUCAUGGAGGACGGGGCCAACAGAACCGUGGAGCCCAGAGCCGGCCGUGUCUCCUUCUUCACCUCAGGCUCUGAGAACCUGCACCGGGUGGAGAAGGUGCGCUGGGGCACCCGCUAUGCCAUCACCAUCGCCUUCUCCUGCAACCCGGACCAUGGCAUCUCGGACCCGGCCUUCGGUCAAGAUGCCUAACUGCCAAGGGCCUGCUCUGGUGGGGGCGCCUUGGAGACCUCCAGUGCAGGACUUGCUGGAGGGGCUACGGCAGGGUGGGCAGCCCGUGCCUGCCAGCCUUCUUGACUCAAGUCCCAGGGACCCUGGUGGAGGUCCUAUGUCUGUCCCAGCCCCCUCGGGCGUCUGUCCAGCCAGGUCUGGCUGCGCUACCUGGCCCUGCUGCCGGUCCUGGCAGAGGGCAGAGGAGCGGGGAUGCUCAGCCACUUUGGUUCCUCCACCUUCCUGCAGAUGCCUCAGAACAGAGGGGCCCCUGCCCGGGACAGGCCCUGGGCCCCCCAGAGGAGCCUCCGGGACUGCAGGCAUGUGGGCCGGGCCCCUCUCAGGUUCCCUACUGCACCAGAGCCAACCAGAGCCGCAGGCGAGAGACCGUCCAUGCCACUGACUUUGUUCCACUGAAGGCCCCUCUGCCCCCUGAGCCACACACCCACUCUCUCCCAGCCCUUGGUAAAGAUCAAAGGCCUUGGGGCACAUCUAUGAAGAGAGGACAGGUUUAUGGAGGACACUCCUGGCUUGACUCAAGGUCCCCUCCCACCCCUGAGCCGAACCCAGUCUCGAGGUAGCAGAGGAAAAGCCUCCUGGUGCUUUUCUCUUGCAAUCCCAGUCCCCAAGCCCCUGGGCAGAGGUCCUGGCAUCCUGGUGGGCACGCAGCACCCACUGUUCACCAGGUGAGGGGCCUUCCACCGCCCACCCCUCUCCCAGAGAUACUUGGCCAGGAAAAUAAAGACCUGU